AUGGCCGUCAACUACCUGACGAGUGUGCCAAGGCUUUUAGGCCGUGAGAAUUAUGAUGAAUGGGCGUUUGCCGUCGAGAAUGUGUUUGUGCUAGAGGGCUUAAACAAAUGCAUCGAAGGUACCGAGACCGACACAACGACCCUAGCAAAAGCAAAGGCCAAGCUAGUAUUAACCAUCGAUCCAUCUUUGUUCCCGCAUGUCAAAGAUUUAACGACUGCACAAGAAGUAUGGACCAGUCUCAAACGUUUAUAUGAUGACAGUGGUUUCAUGCGAAAGAUUGGACUUUUACGUACACUCAUAUCGGCAAGAUUAGAGAAUCAUGAUAGUAUGGAGGUCGUACAUAAACCAGAUUGUUGA